CUGUAAAUUCCUUUCGGGGCCUAGCUGCCAUACCACCCGAAGGAAAAACGAGGGCUGAGAUACUGCCGGGUUGCCCAAGCCUAAACAGAAGUCGAGAUGCAGAGGUAGGGCUCGAACCACGGACCUUCCGGGCUUCCGACGUGGAGCGCACUGCUGGACUCGAUGCAGUGCAUUAUCUUCGCUUCUUGUCCUACUUGAUUGCUUACACUGCCGUGACAAUGGUUUUCUGCUUGACCGUCAUACUGCCAUUGAAUAUAAAGGGAACGUUAAAAUCUCCGGACCUUCAAAGUUUCGGGGUUACCACCAUAUCCAACCUUCCUGGGGAAUCGCAAGUCCUCUGGGCUCAUGUCGUAUUCGGUUUCUUGUAUUUCAUUGUGGCCUUCUUCUUGAUGCAGCACUUUUCGAAAAUGCUUUGGCAUGAGGUGCCAAAGGCGAAGAUUGUGCCAUUGGUGUGUCCCACCUCCGGGUCCCCAUCCAGGGAUAGGGCAAUGGCCAGUGCAGCUGAGUUUGCUUGUAAUGGCGGUCCUAUUUCGCUGUCUAGUCAUUGUUUGACCUCUACUAGUUCAUUUCAACCCUUCACGCCGCUGCGCGAAAAGGGCCCUUCGAGGAAUUCGGUCAACUGGCAUACAAAGCACGUGACCAAGCCAGCGCAACCUGUGUACAUUACUGAUCAGGUGUCCCCAAAAGCGUCGGACAAUGCUCCGAAGACCGAUGGUCAAACACUGAAAGUAUUUU